CACAGGAAGCCCUGACAGUUCGCCUGUAUUUGAGCUGCGUCGCAGUGUCCGUUAGGAUAGCUUUCUGGGUAUUAUGACUAAAUACUCACAAAUAAUUACUCUUCUCGCCGGACAUUAACCUGUGGGUGGAAAAGCGUGACUGGACAUAAUUUACCGCCACAAUGGUCUGUGAUAUGACGGUGCAGCGCCGGGCGAGGUACGUCUCUGUUCUCUUUGUGUUUUGCGGGAUGUGGCGCGCUGCUUUGUCCGUGACUCGCUACUCUAUCCCCGAGGAAAUGCAGGAAGGCUCUGUGGUAGCGAAUCUCGCGACGGAUCUGGGAUUUGAUGUCAGGGACUUGUCCCAGCGCGAGGUAAAACUAGAUAUUAUACAUAGUAAGAAAUACCUAGAGAUCAACAAAAACACCGGAGAGCUCUAUAUCUUAGAGAAGAUAGACAGAGAAUAUUUAUGUCCGAUGAAAACACUGGAAUUCUAUGUUCCGUGUUUGCUUAAAUUAGAUGUUAUACUUAAAAACCCAUUGAGAAUAUUUAAUGUUGAGCUGGAAAUCACUGAUAUCAAUGACAACGCGCCUCGUUUUCGAAGAGAAAGAAUGGAACUGGAUAUUUCAGAAUCUGCCUCACCGGGAGAGAAAUUCUCUUUAACCAAUGCCGUUGACCCGGAUGUCCGCUCGAACUCUAUGAAAACGUACUACCUGAGCGAAAACGAACAUUUUUCAAUUGAGAUUCAGAGUGGAAGUGACGGAGCAAAAUAUGCGGGGUUGGUUUUGAAAAAGGCUUUGGACCGGGAGGAGCAGGCUGUACACAAUCUAAUACUCACCGCUGUAGACGGCGGAGUCCCGGCGCGGUCCGGCACCGCCAGCAUCAUCGUGCGCGUGCUGGAUACGAAUGACAACGCCCCUCAAUUUGACCGGCAGGUUUAUUCCGUUAACAUUACGGAGAAUUCUCCGUUAGAAACACUUGUACUGAAGCUGAACGCUACAGACCUAGAUGAGGGCUCAAAUGCAGAGAUCGAAUAUUCAUUCACCCUGUACACGUCAGAGAAAACGCAGGAAGUGUUUUCUCUGUAUUCAAAUACAGGAGAACUAAAAGUCAAAGAUGUCAUUGAUUUUGAGGAAACUAAAAUGUUUGAAAUGUACAUUCAAGCUAAAGACAAAGGACCUAUCCCCCUAUCGGGAGAAUGUAAAGUGUUGGUCUUUGUCACCGACGUGAAUGACAACUAUCCUGAAGUCACAAUAAAAUCUUUCAAAAGCUCUAUAAAAGAGAAUGUUGCCAUAGGAACAGUAAUAGCAGUAAUCAGCAUUAGCGACCGAGAUUCCGGAGACAACGGUCAUGUGGAUCUUUUAGUUAAUGAACAGUUACCUUUCGCGCUGAAUAAAUCUUCUGAGGGGUAUUUCUCACUUGUUGUUUCAAAACCUUUAGAUCGUGAAAAAGUUUCUGAGUAUGACAUCACUAUCACAGUCAAAGACAGAGGCACGCCCCCUUUGUAUGAUAACGAAACGCUCACGUUGCAGCUACUGGAUGUGAACGACAACACGCCUCAGUUCCCAAAGUCAUUCUACACCAUCCCAGUGAUGGAGAACAACGCGCCGGGAUCACUGCUGAGUUCUGUUACCGCCUUUGAUCCAGACCUGCACGAGAACCAGUACCUGGUUUAUUUCAUUGUAGAAAAGGAGAUAUACAACACGUCAAUGUCAAUGCUGUUUUCCAUUAAUCCAGAGGACGGUAAUCUUUACGCGCUGAGGACUUUUGACUACGAGAGAGAGAAGGAGUUCCUUUUCCACAUUGAGGCCAGAGACUCGGGAUUUCCUCCCCUCAGCAGUAAUGUCACCGUCCACAUCAUUAUCCUGGAUCAGAACGACAACACGCCGGUCAUAGUCUCUCCCUGGCGCGCGCAAGGCUUUGUAGUGGAGGAAGCGAUCCCGAGAUCCACUGAUAAAGGAUACCUGAUCGCCAAAGUGAUCGCCAUUGACGCAGAUUCUGUGCAGAACUCUCGGAUCACGUACCAGUUUCUACAGAUUACUGACGCCACUUUGUUUAGUCUGGACCAAUACAACGGGGAAAUCCGGACAAUGAGAAUGUUCAGUUACCGAGAUCCGCGUCAUCAGAGGCUGGUUAUUGUCGCCAAGGACAACGGAGAUCCGUCUCUUUCCGCUACAGUGACUAUUAAGUUAUCAACUGUGGAGCACGUCAUUAAAGCGUUCUCGGACACCACAGAAUUUCCUUUGGAAUAUGAUAUAUUUUCAGACUUAAACCUGUAUCUGGUGAUCGGUUUGGGUUCGGUGUCGUUUCUGUUAUUGAUCACUAUCCUGGUGAUCAUCGUGCUGAAGUGUCAGAAACCGAAGCCCGCUAAACCGACCCCUCCCUGCAGGAACAGCGUGAUUAGCCAGAGGAACUCCACCAUAGCGGACUCCACCCUGGUCUCCAGCGAUGCCUACUGGUACAGCUUGUUUUUAGCGGAGACGCGGAAAGGAAAGGUGGUGGUUAGGCAGCCGAUACCGAAGGGGGCCGGAUACAUGGUUUCCAGUUUACCCAGAGGCACGGGCCUGACGGAGACCAGCGGAUCCAGAGCUUCCACUCUGCAGGUAGGGACGCAACAAGAAAGGUCUUUUUUAUUUUUGCAGUUAACUGUCUCCUAAUAUAAUUACUUUACUACUACUACUACUA